CGUGUCCGCUUCGCUCCGCCCGAACUCGCCUGACUGAUUGGCCUUUAACUUUACCACUCGCCAUUUUGUGUUGUUUACCUCCGUUGGCGGAGCUGGCUGUGAACGGAGACGGAGACGACGAGAGACUGCUGAAACGGAUGCUUAUCGAGUGGUGGCGAAGAAAACGCUCCGAGUAUCGAGUGUCUUGCCGUCCUCUGUCGUGUUGUGUGUUUUUGUGUGUAUGUUUUGUGCCUGUUUUGAACUCCAGUGUCGUUUCCGGCGCUCACAUAGUGCAGCCCGAGUUUCAAGUCCCGCGCAGUGCCAGUCGGCAGAGCGUUAUAGUAGCUUUUACCACAAACAGCGAUGGAGGCCAUAGCUAAGCACGACUUCAAUGCGACGGCUGAUGAUGAGCUGAGCUUCAGGAGAUCCCAGGUUCUAAAGGUGCUUAAUAUGGAGGACGAUAUGAACUGGUAUAGGGCUGAGCUCGAUGGCAAAGAAGGUCUCAUUCCAUCUAAUUACAUCGAAAUGAAGAAGCAUGACUGGUAUUAUGGUCGGAUCACGCGGGCUGAUGCCGAAAAACUGUUAAGCAACAAACACGAAGGAGCUUUUCUUAUACGAGUCAGCGAAUCAAGUCCCGGAGAUUUUUCACUAUCCGUCAAAUGUGGAGAUGGCGUACAGCACUUUAAGGUGUUGCGUGACACAAAAGGCAUGUUUUUUCUUUGGGUGGUGAAAUUCCCGUCGUUAAACGAAUUGGUCGAGUAUCAUCGUUCUGCAUCUGUGUCCCGCUCGCAGGACAUCAAACUUAAGGAUAUGCAUCCGGAUGAGGUAGGAGAGUGUCUCGUUCGAGCAAUGUACGACUUCACGCCGCAGGAAGCCGGUGAACUGGAGUUCCGCCGGGGUGAGAUCAUCAACGUAAUUGACCGCUCAGAUUCGAACUGGUGGGAAGGAGAGAUUGGAAAUCGACGAGGAUAUUUCCCGGCCACUUAUGUUAAUCCAUACCAACCAAAUUAGGCGCGCAUUCGUAAAUGACAAUAACAAUACGCAGCGACGAAUACACGUAUUUGCCAGCUAGACAUCCUCCAUUCGCGUGGGAACGAUGCACAUCAUCCGCGCUCUAUAUAUAAAUAUAUAUAUAUAUAUAUAUAUUUUGGUUGGAAUAGCGAGUUUGAACUGAGCCAACUGAAGUUACUUGAGUAGUGUACACUCGGCACCAACAAAACAGGAAGCAGAUAGACAUCACAACAACUACAAGAAUAGAAAACGCAAGAAAGGCACCGACGUACACGAGCAGAAAAAUCUGAUUAUGAUCAUAACUUAUUAUUAUACUAUUAGUACUACUUAUGUGACGUUAAAGGACUGAAAUGAAGUCGGCGUGGCCAAUCAAAGACAAACAUAGCAAGAUCAAUGCGUACAGAAGAUAUUUGUUUUUUUUCUUGUUAAUUGGUAUCGUUUUUAGUGGCAAUGAACGACAAACGAAUGAUUCUAUAGUAGUUUGUACUUGACUUGUAACUUCGAAGAAGUGCAAAACCGCGCUCAUAGCAAAAAAGCGCGCUGUUUUGAACUUAGAAGAAGUGGCAAUUUUAUGGAAAGACAACAACAGCAAAAAUGUUUUGUAUAGAGCAGCAUCCAUAUGCAUUAGGUAUUGAAUAAAAUACUUGUCAGAUAAAAGGAAAACAAUAAAGAGCUGAAAAAUAUAUAAGAAAACCCUA